AACAGAAGCGUUUAUGUAGCUCAAAUAGAGAAAAAUACAAGCUUUAACCUUCUCCUAUUAUGCCCUGCAACAUAUUUAUAUACAGUACUCUAUUUCCCAUAUCAGAUCUUUCUCUCUCUUCUGGUUGCUGUCUAAGGACAGGCACUCAAGAGAGAAAGAUCACCUACCACACCACCGUGCUCUGCUCCUCAGAUUAUAUAUCUGAACAUAUUCUAUUUUUAUUUUAUAUAUUAUAUAAAUCACGUUAUUUGUUUGUUUUGUGGUUAAACGAAGGUUGAGAGAACUCGUGAGAGAGCUUCUUCAACCUUUGUGGGCAUUCAUGAUCUCAGCUUUACAGAGCUAUUACAUGAGGAUUCUUUCUCUGCGUUUAACUCUAACCAAUGGCAACUGUAGACAAAACCCAUGUUGUAGUUCUUGAUGUGGAAUCAGAAGAGGGUCGCCGGAGCUCCGAUGAAGGUGGUGGCGGAAAUGGCUAUUCCGAUACUGGGAUUGAAAGGUCCGAGGGGGAGCGUAGGAGCCAGAGUGAGUCAAGGACUGAGAUUGUGGAGAAGGGAUCCCCUGUGUCUGAGCAUUCGGUGGACUUGGAUCUGGAAUGUGGUGGGGUGCUUGAGCCUGAAGUUAAGGCACAUUUGGCAAAAGUAGAGAGGGACUGUAGGAUUUGUCAUCUCAGCAUGGACACUACCAACCAUGAGUCUGGGAUUCCCAUCGAGUUAGGAUGUUCUUGUAAGGAUGAUUUGGCUGCUGCGCAUAAGCAGUGUGCCGAGGCUUGGUUCAAGAUCAAGGGUAACAAAACCUGUGAGAUCUGUGGAUCAACUGCAAUCAAUGUAUCUGGUGUUAGUGAAGCUGAGGUGAUGGACCAAUGGAACGAAUCAAAUGAUACUGCAACAACGACCCCUGCAGCUGCCCCCGUCCACCCAGCAGAGACACGAAACUUCUGGCAGGGUCACCGGUUCCUAAACUUCUUGUUAGCUUGUAUGGUCUUUGCUUUUGUCAUCUCCUGGCUCUUCCACUUCAAUGUACCCUCAUGAAGCCUGAUGACUAAGAUUCUGUGGCAUUUUUCUGAGUGUUUCUGAAUUAAAAAGAACAAGCUCUGUUGGAGGUACUGUCUUUGUACCCCUUUCUCAAUAUUUGAAGCUUGUUAGUUAGUUAUUUCUCAAUGGGACCGCAAGUUGUUUAUAUACUAUUAUUCUCAUAGUUCUCAGGAUAAAUGUUUGUGUAAUAUAUAUGUUUUUGAAGUUUUAACAAGCAAAAAUUAAUUUC